GAAGCUCCCGCCGCCGUUCGCUUCUCCUCUGCCGUCGAGGAGAUUGAGCCGCAAACACCACCUGCUGCUGCUCCUGCUUCCGUCAACGAGUCCCUCGGGACCGCCACCACAAACACCUCGGAUCGCUUCGAUACCUUCAACGAGGUGGCUGCCGACCAGAUCAAGGCCUUCCAAAGGUCGCUCCAGGGGCUGCCCUUGCAGGAGCGCCGCAUGAGCACUUUUGGAUUCGAGGCCUUUUCCCUUCCUGCAUCACGGGUUGCUUCUCGCGAAGACGCCUCCAAUGACUCUACCAGACUGCCCACGCCAAACUCGUCCGGAUGGCAAUCUCCCCACGGGAGUCCUCGGCUUUCGGCGCUGGCCUCUCCUCCACUGACGCCUGCCGGCUCGGAUCCCGACAAGAGGCUACAUAAGGACGCCGGUGCCGCCGGCACUCCCACGCCCGCUACCUCCGUCAGCGAUUCGCAUCACAUCAUCACUCCGCAGCCUUCGAGCCCUACCGCCGACAAGACGCCCUCUUCCGCCGCUGGCGCCGCUGACCGGAGAGCAGCAGCAGCAGCCCUCGCCCACCGGCCUGGCUCUUCUGACCGCGCCAUGUCCAGGGCCUCGUCGUCCACCGAUGAUCAUCGCCCAGAGUCUCGAGGACUCCACAGAAAGGACUUUUUUUCCGUCGGGCCCAGCUCCGUGCCCGUGUCUCGUGAAUCCAGCCCAUCCAGGAGCUCGGCCGCCCACUACUACUCCAAGCCAAUGGCUCAGCAGAGUGAUGCCAACGACCCGUAUGCAAAGGGCCGUCGCCCCCCUCAGCAGCAGCACCCUACCCGCCACUCAGUCGACCCGCGAUUCAUAUUCUCCAUCUCGAGGAAGAAGAAGGACCGAGGUGGUCCGUCGCCCACCUCGUCAAAGACAAGCGUCGCCUUGUACGGCCAGCCCAGGCCGAGCGACGAUUCUGGAUCGGCUGAUGGCGUCCACGGACAUGCGUCUGCGGGCUCCAUGUCCGAUCUGAAGCGCUUUUUCCGAAAGUCAGGCCACCACCACAAGAAGCGGGACCAGUCGCCGUCGUCGUCCAUCAAAUCAUCGUCCAAAUCCAGCCAGGCCAGCCGCUCCAGCCAACAGCUGCCCUUUGGCGACGACCAUGGAUUGACCUCCAAGUACGGAAGACUCGGCAAGGUGCUGGGAUCUGGUGCUGGCGGCUCCGUCAGGCUCAUGCGCCGCACCGAGGACGGCACCGUCUUUGCCGUCAAGGAAUUCAGGGCCCGGCACACGUAUGAGACGGAAAGGGAGUACAACAAAAAGGUGACGGCCGAGUUCUGCGUCGGAUCGACUCUCCACCACGGCAACGUCAUCGAGACGCUGGACAUUUUGCAGGAAAAGGGCCGCUGGUUUGAAGUCAUGGAGUAUGCGCCCUUUGACCUCUUUGCCAUUGUCAUGACCGGCAGGAUGUCGCGCGAGGAGAUUCGAUGCAGCUUCCUGCAGAUCCUCAAUGGCGUCACCUACCUGCAUAGCAUGGGCCUCGCGCAUCGGGACUUGAAGCUCGACAACGUCGUUGUUAGCGACAAGGGCAUUAUGAAGAUUAUCGACUUUGGCAGCGCCCAUGUCUUCAAGUAUCCUUUUGAAAGCGGGUCCGUCCCGGCCAAGGGCAUUGUUGGAUCCGACCCGUACUUGGCCCCCGAGGUUUACGAUUCCAAGGAGUACAACGCCGAAGAAGUCGACAUUUGGUCUCUUGCCAUCAUCUUUUGCUGCAUGACUCUGCGCCGUUUCCCCUGGAAGAUUCCCCGCAUGACGGACAAUUCCUACAAGCUGUUUGCAGCCACACCGACUCCUGGCCACGAUCCCGGCAAACUGCUGCGUCCCAAGUCCACCAACGACCUCUCAUCUGUGCCUGCUCGAGAAUUCUUGGCCGACGACGAUGGCAAGUCUCAACGCAGCACGGGACACAGGAGAAAUGAUUCGACGGAUUCCAACGCGGUAGGCCCCGACACCCCACAGCUUCCCAUCCCGGGUGUCAGCGUCCCCGACAGGUCCAAAGAAGUCGUCCGAGGACCCUGGAGGAUUCUGCGGCUACUCCCCCGCGAAAGCCGCCACAUCAUCCACCGCAUGCUGGACGUUAAUCCCAAAUCUCGAGCCAGAAUGGGCGAGAUUUUGGAGGAACCGUGGAUCUCCGAUAGCGUCAUCUGCCAGCAGCUCGACAGCGGUGAAGUGAUUCCAGCCCGCGACCACAAGCAUGUCUUGGAGCCCCCCAACUCUCAGCCGCCUCCUCCGAAA